UUUCACUAUUUAUUUCUUCAGUGAGAGGUAUUUCGUCAGUUCACUUCAUUUUGAGUUCUGUGAACAGCAAUCGGAAUGGAAAAAAAUACUUUAUUAUUAUUCUGCGUCCUUUUCCUGAGAGUCAGCUCGUUUGCUGGUUUCUUCUAUGAUGAUGAUGAUGAUGAUGACGACCAACUCUCCCGUGGUGAGCUGCUCCACGUCCCUCUGAGCAAGUCUGUCUCUGGAGUCCUACAGAACGGUGAUGAGGAAGGUUUUAUUCGGCUGGUUGGUGGUCAAAAUCACUCAGAGGGCCGUGUGGAGAUCUUUCAUGAUGGACUUUGGGGGACUGUGUGCGAUGAUGCGUGGGACAUAAAUGACGCUAAUGUCGUGUGUCGCCAGCUAAAUUUCAUUGGGGCAACAGAAGCUUUACCAUCAUCUGCAUUUGGCAACGGGGAUGGCAACAUCUGGAUGGAUAAUUUAGGCUGUAGUGGAACGGAGAGAAACCUGUCCCAGUGUCCAUUUCCUGGGUGGGGGAUCCAUAACUGUGGUCACGGUGAAGAUGCUGGUGUUAGAUGUGAAUAUGAAGAGCCAGAACCGAUCAACUGGGACCAAAGCCACGAGUACGAUUUGGAGCAAAGGACAAGCCUCUCUGAUCAGCUGGGGGAGCUGUUUGACAGUGGGCGUGACUGUGACUUGAACAUUACAGUGAUGGUGAACAACAAAACCACUGAGACAAUCUGCACUCACAGGGUCAUCCUUUCUCUGAACUCAUUCCCCACGUCAGAGCCAGACUUUCCCAGCCUUAGCAUCAAUGCUUCUGCUAACUGCAGUCAGCACGUCAAGGACUUUGUCAGAUACUUCUACACAAGAGAGAUUAAACUCACUCGAUUCUCUGCCUAUUGCAUUCUCAAGAUGGCCUCCGACUGGGCUCUGACAGAUAUUCUUAAUGAGGCUGCAAAUAUUUUUAGACUUUUUCUUCCGGAGGAUCCCACUUUCCAGACCCAGAGCUCUUUCUAUGAGCAUGCAGUUCAUACAGGUGAUGAGGCACUGCAGGAAGUUUGUCUUCGCUACCUGGCGUGGAACUGCGAGGCGUUGAUCCUUUCCCCAGCCUGGACAGAUCUUUCUUUGGGUCUAGUCAAAGCUCUAAUGUCCCGCUCAGACCUCGUGGUGGCUAAUGAAACCGUCCUCUUGAUAGGACUGGAGAGGUGGUCAGCAGCCCAAAACAACAUAAAUAUUCCCGAGGCGCUACUGAAGCUCAUCCGUUUCCCAGUGAUACCAGCUGAGGACUUAUACACACUUAAUGACGAACAGUACACAGCCGGCAAGCUGCAGGGGUUUCAGUUUAAUGCUCUGCCCAUCACGACAUUGCUCAGUGACCUGAGGGAAGAACAGAAUGUCUACACAUCCAGGAUUUACACUGGCACACCAUGGAGCUUUAGCUUCACCUACAACAUCAUCAAAUAUUACAAGAAUCGUGGGUUCUACGUUCUUCGUGACCAACGCAUCAAUAGUCUGGCCUCUGAUUUCCAAACGCCGGUCCACAACAGCGCCUUUUUUGCUCUUCACAAAAUGAGCUGGAAAACAAGGGUGUAUCUUAGCAAUGAAGAUUGCUCCAGUGAAAAUGUCACUUGCCCCUCUUUGCCAGCUGUCAGUCUGAAGGUUGAGGAAAAGAGCCGCAAUUUACCCAGUGAGAUGGAGGGGCGUAUUCAUUACAGCAACAUGCUUGUUGUCAUGUGUGACAGAAGGUAUGUGUUCCACAUUCAUGAGUUUAAUGCUGAUAAUGACAGCAAUCUUUUAUAUAUUCCAAGCAGUGCAGAACAAGUCUAUCCAUGCCACUCAGACUGGUUCCACUACCAGGUGGUGGUACGUCCUCAGUACUCUACAGAUUAGUUGAAGAUGUGGACGAGGAUGAUUUAUAAACAGCAUAUCUGGUCAGAGCUGGCCUUCACCAUGAAGCGAGAUAAGAAGGUGAUUUGGGAAUCCUAGAAAAGCUAAUGAACAUGAGACAAAAAUUAAUUAAAAAAUAAAGUUCCUGAACUAAAACAGAUACAAUUCCGUGCUGUUUGUAUUAAGUACUGACAAAAUGAUGAACUGAGUGACAGUUGACAUGGAUGAUUUAGGUAGGGCGAAGUUAGUAAUUUACUGACAAAAACACUCAGAAAAAUCUCACAUUUUAUAGUUGUAUUAGAUAUGAUAAGUUCAACAAAAUUAAUGAACAAGGAAAGAAUGUUAGUGAGCAAAAACUGGAAUAAUUGUCUUAACAAGCUGUUCAGUGACAGUUUUGGAGAUGAGUUACUCAAAUUAUUUUCACAUUACUAUAUAUAUAUAUAUAUA